ACCUGGGUCGUCACUUGUUGUUUGAAGUUGUUCCCCCUCUCUGCUUUUAGGGUCAUAUAUAUUAACAAAAGAGUGCCAUCGUUUCCAAAAUUCAAGUUGACACGAAAAAUGGGUCUCGCAAGUCUCCCAACUCCAUCAGAAGGAGUGCUAUGUAUACUUUUGGUGAACACAGCUUUAUCUAUAUCUAUAGUUAAGGGCAUAAUCCGAUCGAUCCUUCACAUUGUCGGUAUCCAUCUCUCGUCACCAUCAUCAUCAUCCUCAGAUUCUGAUGAAAAUCUAUCGGAACCUUUUGAGUUCCACCUCAAUACUCCUGAUAGUUACAUUGAGGAGUUCCGAAGUAAGACCCCAGCGAUACGGUUUGAUGCAGUGUAUAGCUUCAAGCAGCCACAGCAUGACUGUUUGGUUUGCCUGACUCAGUUCGAGCCAAAAUCAGAGAUCAACCACUUGCCUUGCGGCCAUCUCUUUCACAAGGCGUGCUUGGAAAAGUGGUUGAAUUAUUGGAAUGUUACAUGCCCUCUUUGCAGGACUCCUCUGCUGCCUGAAGAGGAGGCUUCCUGCUUUUGGUGAGAGAAUUUUAUCAUGCAGAGCUGAGGAAACUUCUGUAUACAGCUAGUUUAGUAUACGGUAUGUAAAUUACUGCUAUCAUGGUAGGUUUCGAGUUAGGCGAGUUUUAGCAUUACCCUCGAGUUUACCUUGAUGCGGUGAUAUUGUGUUACUUAAUCAAUGCCUAUAUUGUUAGGGUUUCGGAUG